UAAUCGUAGAUUGUUAUUAAUCGGUGAAAUUAUUAAAUUAUAAACGUAGAUUAAGUUAUUAACCCGUUAAAGGCUGUCGUCCAUGAGAAGUUCGGCCGGGUUUGUUUAGCUUCGUGGCCGUUAGCGUGUUCCUUCCUUGUUAGCCCUGUAUGCUAAAUAUUUUUAUUAUAUUUAUUAUUUCUGUAUCCGGACACAGCGCCUGGGUAUCAAUACUUUUGACCCUGGUUUGAUCCCGGUUACGGUUCUGAUCAGGCUGGUUCUGGGUUAGCACACCAGGCUGAUGGCAGCGAGUCGUAUGUCGUAUGUGGCGACAGUGGGAAGGAAAGACAAACUUUUAACGGGAAGAGAACUCAUUAGAACCAGGCUCUUUUGUACUGGGCUUUAAGACUCUGUACCAGAACUUCUUCCUUCGUUAGCGUAGAUGGAGCGCCGCACUAGUGGCAGCAGGAGCUCCUUCGGUGUCUUCAUCCUGGACAGGAACCGGGCAGAACCCGACUCCGGUUCCUCCUCUGAGGUUCAAACGACAAACAGGCCGGGCCCUGGUUCUGCUGGCUCACACUUUAUUAUUUCAUGUAAUAGAAACCAGAACCGGAGUCCAUUAAAGGUUCUGGUCUUAUUUGGAGCAACAAGCCCAGCUGGGCGCCGGUUCCCCAGCUCGGGUUUGUUGCUCCGCUGAACCCGAUCCGCUGGCAGGAAGUUCUGGAUGUGUUUCUGCUGGACUGCUGCAAACCCAGAGACCUCCAGGGUGUGUCGGCUACACCAGAGAGGUCUCACAGAACCUCCGACCAGAACCCAAAGUCAGCAGAGCACCGGCUGAACGUCUGGCACCGAGCCUGGAAACGCUGGGUCCGGUUAGUCGGCCCAGACGGGUUCUUGGCCCAAGCAGAACCCAACCGCUCAUCAAAGCAGAACCUUUCUGCCGUUCUGGUCCAGGCUGCAGAACCUCCCUGGGUUCUGGGCUCGGUACCAGACAUCUGGCUGGUGACCCGGCAGGAGCUGACCUGUAGUUUCCAGGGUGGCACCAGAACUCACAACCGGGCCGCAGGAAGACAUGGGGCGGCGUUUAGGCGCUCUAAAGCGGCCCCAUGGAGCGCUGAGGGGGCGGGGCUAGCCGAGGCCGGUUGUGAUGUCUGGUGUCCACCGCAGGGUUCUGCUCAGCGGGAGAACCCGCCGCUCGGCGACCCGGAAAGUCUGGCAGAAACACAUGCAGGCCUCCUCCUGAGAGCAGCGCAGGAGCUUCAUCGCGGAGAUGCAGCUGUUCGUGCGGCAGCUGGGCAGAAAGAUCACGGCCCGGGAGCACGGCUCCAACAAGAAGCUGGCGGCCCAGUCCUGCGCGCUCUCCGUGGUCCGCCAGCUCUACCACCUGGGCGUCAUCGAGCCCUACUCCGGCGUCACCAAGAAGAAGGAGGGCGAGACUCUGGAGGUGUACGAGGUCAGCGUGGCUCCCGACCUGCAGCAGAACCUGGCGGCCGUGGUCCAGGAGCUCGGAGUCCACAUCCCCCCGCCGCCGGCGGACGCCAGCGCUCCGGUGUCGCUGGUCCAGGGCAAGAUGGCCGCCUUCGAGCCGUCCCAGCGGCAGAGCAGCAGCGGCGUGGUGCCCUGGUCGCCCCCCCAGGUCAACUGGAACCCCUGGACCAGCAGCAACAUCGACGAGGGCCCGCUGGCUUACUGCACGCCGGAGCAGAUCAGCCAGGACCUCCAGGGCGAGCUGACGCACCAGCUGGAGUACGACGAGAACCUGCAGAAGAUCCUGGCGGAGCGGGACCAGCUUCCCGUCAAGCAGUUUGAGGAGGAGAUCAUGGCGACCAUCGAGAAGAACCCGGUGGUGAUCAUCAGGGGAGCGACGGGCUGCGGGAAGACCACGCAGGUCCCUCAGUACAUCCUGGACCGCUUCAUCAAGGGAGGCCAGGCGUCCGACUGCAACAUCGUGGUCACCCAGCCCCGACGGAUCAGCGCCGUCUCCGUGGCCGAACGGGUCGCCUAUGAGAGAGGAGAGGAUGUGGGGAAAAGCUGCGGCUACAGCGUCCGCUUCGAGUCCGUCCUCCCCCGACCGCACGCCAGCGUCCUCUUCUGCACCGUGGGUGUUCUGCUCCGCAAGCUGGAGGCGGGGAUCCGAGGAAUCAGCCACGUCAUCGUGGACGAGAUCCACGAGAGGGACAUCAACACGGACUUCCUGCUGGUGGUCCUCAGGGACGUGGUCCAGACCUUCCCGGACGUCCGCGUCGUCCUCAUGUCGGCCACCAUCGACACCACCAUGUUCAGGGAGUACUUCUUCAACUGCCCCAUCAUCGAGGUCUUCGGACGCACCUUCCCGGUCCAAGAGUACUUCCUAGAGGACUGCAUCCAGAUGACCAACUUUGUCCCCCCGCCGAUGGACCGCAAGAAGAAGGACAAGGACGAGGAUGGAGGAGACGACGACACCAACUGCAACCUGAUCUGCGGUCCGGAGUACACGGCGGAGACGAAGCGGUCCAUGGCGCAGAUCAACGAGAAGGAGACGUCCUUCGAGCUGGUGGAGGCUCUGCUCAGGUACAUCGAGACGCUGAAGGUGGCCGGCGCCGUCCUGGUCUUCCUGCCCGGCUGGAACCUCAUCUACUCCAUGCAGAGGCACCUGGAGACCAACCCGCACUUCGGAAGCAGCCGCUACCGCAUCCUGCCGCUGCACUCCCAGGUUCCCCGAGAGGAGCAGAGGAGGGCCUUUGAGCCGGUUCCGGAGAACGUCACCAAGGUCAUCCUGUCCACCAACAUCGCAGAGACCAGCAUCACCAUCAACGACGUCGUCUACGUCAUCGACUCGUGCAAGCAGAAGGUGAAGCUCUUCACGUCCCACAACAACAUGACCAACUACGCCACCGUCUGGGCCUCUAAGACCAACCUGGAGCAGAGGAAGGGCCGCGCCGGCCGGGUCCGCGCCGGCUUCUGCUUCCACCUGUGCAGCCGCGCCCGCUUCGACAGGCUGGAGACCCACAUGACGCCAGAGAUCUUCAGGACGCCGCUGCACGAAGUCGCCCUCAGCAUCAAGCUGCUGCGGCUCGGCGCCAUCGGGAACUUCCUGUCCAAGGCCAUCGAGCCGCCGCCGCUGGACGCCGUCAUCGAGGCGGAGUACACCCUGCGAGACCUGGACGCCCUGGACUCCAACGACGAGCUGACGCCUCUGGGUCGGAUUCUGGCCCGGCUGCCCAUCGAGCCCCGGCUGGGGAAGAUGAUGAUCAUGGGCUGCAUCUUCCAUGUCGGCGACGCCAUGUGCACCAUCUCGGCCGCGUCCUGUUUCCCAGAACCCUUCAUCAACGACGGGAAGCGCCUGGGCUUCGUCCACAGGAACUUCUCGGGGACCCGCUUCUCGGACCACGUGGCGCUGCUGUCGGUCUUCCAGACCUGGGACGACGUCAGGGUGAACGGCGAGGAGGCGGAGACUCGGUUCUGCGAACACAAACGGCUCAACAUGUCGACGCUGAGGAUGACCUGGGAGGCCAAGGUCCAGCUGAAGGACAUCCUGGUCAACUCUGGGUUCCCUGAAGAGUGCCUGAUGAACCAGACGUUCAACACGGUGGGGCCGGACAACAACCUGGACGUGGUGGUGUCGCUGCUGACCUACGGCUCCUACCCCAACGUCUGCUACCACAAGGAGAAGAGGAAGAUCCUGACCACCGAGGGCCGCAACGCCCUCAUCCACAAGUCCUCCGUCAACUGCCCCUUCAGCAGCCACGACAUCAAGUACCCCUCGCCGUUCUUCGUCUUCGGCGAGAAGAUCCGGACCCGCGCCAUCUCGGCUAAAGCCAUGACCCUGGUGAGUCCUCUGCAGCUGCUGCUCUUCGCCUGCAAGAAGAUCAGCUCCGACGGGGAAAUCGUGGAGCUGGACGACUGGAUCAAGCUGAAGGUCCAGCAUGAGGUGGCGGGCGGGAUCGCCGCCCUGCGGGCCGGACUGGAGGCUCUGGUGGUGGAGGUCACCAAAGACCCCGAAUACAUCAACCAGAUGGACCAAGUCAACCAGAAGCUGCUGAACGUCAUCAGGCUGGUGUCCAAACCGUCGGCGGCUGGAAUCAACCUGAUGGCCGGCAACCAGAGGAUGGGAGACGGGCCGCGGCCUCCAAAGAUGCCGCGCUUUGAUGGAGAAGGAGGAGGAGGAGGGUACAGAGGAGGAGGAGGGGGCUACGGGGGAGGAUAUGGAGGCUACAGGGGGGGUGGAGGGUACAGAGGGGGAGGAGGUUAUGGAGGAGGAGGAGGAUACAGGGGGGGCGGAGGUUAUGGAGGUGGCGGGGGGUACAGAGGAGGAGGAGGUUAUAGGGGAGGAGGAGGAUAUAGGGGGGGAGGAGGGGGCUAUAGAGGAGGAUAUGGAGGAGGUGGUGGUGGGGGUUACAGAGGAGGAUAUUAAGCAGAGUGGGACCUCCUGUUUUCCUGUUAAAUGUUUGAAUCGUCUUUGUUUUUAUUGAUGAUGUUUCCAAUAAAUCUGGGAUGUUUCCCCUGAUGCUUCAUCUUCA